CCCCAAGUGAGUGCAGAGAGAGGAGCAUCGGGGAGCUGCGGGACUAAAGAGGUGGACCAGGGCGGAAGCGCUUCCGAAAAUAAGACUUCUCUUCACCGCAGACGUUCCGGUGCAGUAUAAUAGAGUAUACAAGUUGCAGAGCUUUGAAUGUACUGCUUCCAUUCACCAUGAAAAAUGAUGUCAUAAAGGCUUUUAAAAAAAACAACAGUCCAACGUCACUGUGCACUUGUGCCGCAAUGGUUGUGUGCGCGCAUCCUUGGGUUGUCGAUUCGAGCAGCCUGCCAUGUCUUGCACGGUGUGUGGAGGUACGUACGAACGUAUGCAGGGAAGACAACCAACAAACCAGCGUGCAUGGAAUAUACACCGUUCCGCGUUUUUAUGCAGCCUGGACAAUGACGUUAACGAUAAUGAAAUAUUGAUUUUUCUACAUGUUUUUAAAAAACAAAAAAGAUUGGCUGACGCGUUUUGUUUUGUUCUUGUUGCAGCACACAGCUGUUUGUGACUAAUAGUAGUUUAUUAGACAAUAUGACUAUGGGAAAUACACUGCGGCUUGCAUAUGUCGCGCCACUAAAGAUGAAAUCCGAUCAUGUUCUGGGUAGGAAUAGCUUCACACGGAGCUAUUUAUAACCACCAUGCUGGCCGCUUCAUUGUUAUGUAGCAGUGUAAUUUAGUCCUAUGAAGGUCCUUCCUUCAAAUAAUGUCCCUUACUCGAAUAGAGCCAUCUCAGUUAAUUUACUGGUGUCAAACUCGAGACCCGCGGGCCAAACCCGACCCCCUACCUCAUUUUAUGUAGCCUGUGAAAGAAAGCGUGACAGAAUUUCUCAUUAAGUUCUGUUCAAAAACUAGUUCUCCAUCAUAAAAAUAAUAAUGAAACACAGGGGCCAUUAUGUAAUAUGAUUUGGCAAUUAUUAGUUAUUAGGGACAAGAACGGGCAUCAUGGUUAGAGAAAUGCUUUUGGCAAAAAGUCAAACUUAUUUGAAACGCCAUUCACGUCAAUAUUAUUUAAAUGUGACAAUAACACAGCUCAAAACAUUAGCUCAGCCCUUAAAUAGCCCCUCUUUGUCUCUUCAGAUGCAGUCGAAGCAAUAACAAAUGACAGUGCUGUUUUUUUAUAGCACAAUAAUUCACAUGAAAUUGAAACUGCUGGACUUGUCUGCAACCUUCACUUCCUCAAAAGAAGGCAAACUAAUGAAGUUGUACUUCCUUUAAAGAAAGGUUUUAAGCUGUUGAUAUUUCAUUUUAAAAUUAGUCAAAGCAAAUUUAUUUAUAGAGCGGAUUUCCUACACAAGGUAACUCAAUGUGCUUUACAUGUUUAAAUGCAUUUUUUUUUUUUUUUAAAGUUAUCAAUUCAAACAUAAUUAUUGGGUUACAAAAAUGUAAACGAAAAAAAGUUUAUCUAUUUUCUUGUGCUUUCACCGGGUAUAACUGACUCCAUGAGGGCAACCAUAACAAAGAUGUGGCUCUGGAUCCAAACAAGUGUGAUGACUUUCCGCUCUCCAUUUGAACAUACCAACGCCUCUAUCUAAGACGCUUCCCCAUCAGGAGGAGAAAAAACAAACGGAGCCGUCCUCCAUGCCCGAGCCGGGGGCUGCUCCCAGGCGGAGCCCGCAGGGAGUUCCGUACACCGACCUGAAGCACAUGGUCAACGCCGAUGGACUGCACCUGUUCUGUCGCUACUGGGAGCCAGUCGGCCCGCCAAGGGCACUGGUGUUCAUCGCUCACGGGGCCGGGGAGCACUGUGGGCCAUACGAUGAGAUUGCACAGAGACUGAAGGAGCUGUCCCUGCUGGUCUUUGCGCAUGACCAUGUUGGCCAUGGUCAGAGUGAAGGAGACAGAAUGAACAUAAAGGACUUCCAGAUGUACAUCCGAGACUCACUGCAGCACAUCGACUUGAUGAAGUCUCGCCACCCUGGCCUACCUGUCUUCAUUGUGGGUCAUUCAAUGGGUGGCGCUAUAUCCAUCCUUACAGCUUGUGAGAGGCCUACUGAAUUUACUGGAGUGGUUCUGAUUGGUCCCAUGGUCCAGAUGAACCCUGAUUCAGCCACACCGUUUAAGGUUUUCCUGGCCAAGGUUUUGAAUCACAUGCUGCCCAAUUUGACUCUGGGCUCCAUUGAGUCCAAAUGGGUCUCACGGGACAAGAAACAGAUGACAGAGCAGCAGCGAAAUAUAAGAGCUCAUCGCGUGUCAACCUCUUUCCAGGUUGAGGCUUAUGACGCCGACGAGCUGAACUACCAUGGAGGGAUGCGUGUGUCGUUCGGCCUGCAGCUAAUGGGGGCGGUGGAUCGCAUCGAGAGGGAGAUCUCGUCUAUCAGCUGGCCCUUCCUGCUCCUGCACGGUGACUCUGACAAGCUCUGUGACAUCCAAGGCUCCAAAAUGAUGUUUGACAAGUCUCCCAGCUCAGACAAGAAACUAAAGGUCUACGAGGGAGGCUACCACGCCCUUCACCACGACUUGCCAGAGGUGUCGGAGUCCGUGCUGAACGAGGUGACCGGAUGGAUCACAGAGCGCCUUCCCAAUACCACAUAGCCAUCACUACAAGGCUUGUAGACUUGCGUAACGUAGAGAGGCCAGUCAAAACUCCAAGGAAACCACAUUCUUAAAAAUAUACUGUACAAUAUAUAGCGCUAUGGUUUAACUAACAGUCAGCCUAAACCAUACUGGUUGAAAAUAGAUGUACAAGUUCAAGUUGCAGUAUGCUCAGGUUUGUCGUGCAAUAAUGACAUUUAUUUGUUUGGGCAUAUAAUGUCAAUUGUCCUCAUCAGCUUUCCCCAGAUGAAUGUAUUACAAAUGACACAUGAACCUUGAUAGAAAUUCCAAAUCCUCUCCUCCACAUUUCCUAGUCAUAAUUAGUUUUAUGCAAAUAUGAGUUUGUAUACUUUAUUGAAUAGGGGAUGUGCUAAGGAAAAAAAAGGUUUGUGUAUCUCGUUUUUAUUUUUAUUGUGAGAUGCCAUUAUUGGCUAUUUUCUUCAUUUGUCAAUGAAUCAUGCAUGAAUGGUGAUGGCAUAAUUUUGGCAAAUCCAAGUCUAUCCAAAUUAAGCAUUGGUGAAGUAACAGUUCUUAACUGAAGUACUAUCCGAGGGAUUGUUCAUUGUUUCUUAUGGUCCUCGAGCAGGCCACUUUGCCCCGUCAUUGUGGACAAUAGAGUAAAUCACUUCAAAUGCCACUAUUGUUUGACUCAAACUGUAAUGGCUGGGUAAAUGCAAGAUAGUGGACAGACUUAACUCCACAAUAUGACCACACUGGGAAUUAAUCUGGUGGAUGAGAAGUUUUUUUUUUUUUUUUUUUUUAAAUAAGAGACAUCCGACAGGUGUCCCCUUAGAAUCCGCUUAAUAUAUUCUUGUUGCUCAUGCUGAUCUACAUAUUAAAAGUCCAUAUUUAAUGUGAUGUAACUGGGGAGAUUCCUGCAAAACUGGAAAGAGAUGAAUUUCUGGAUUUGGCACGAUCCUAUCUUUUCUUAAUAACUAUAUUUACCUGUUCUUUUUUACACGGACUCCAUCAAACCUUCAAAGGGUCUGAUAUGUUUUCCCCUUUAUUUGAUUGAGUUGCCAUGGUGACAGGCAGGCUUUGUCCAUACCAUCAGCAAGGCCACUUUUUCCAGCGCAGCCUCACCCAUGCUGCCUCUAGUGGCCAGUGUCCUACAUGGAUUUGCUCAUGCAAAGUCAAAUGAUUGCUGUCCUCAACUAGAUCGCUCUUGAAAGGUGUGUAAAUAAGGCCACAAAUUAUAUAAUCUUAUUUACCCAUGAUACACCCUCUUAGCAGAUUUUGCGAAAGUCAGACCUAUUAGUUUAAGCAUAAACCUUCUAAUUGACCAGUGAAAAAAGUUAAAUUGUGCAUAAAAUACACAAAUAUUUUGAGAAUUGAUUUUAUAAUACAAUUAUAUGCUCAUUACGUAAUGUUAAUACAAACUACAAAUAACUUAAAAACAAAUGAAAACAAUUUCAAAAUCUAAAUAUUAAUUCAGACAAAUAAUAAAAUGUGAUGAACCCUAAAAUCAUAACAAUGCUGUAUAUGAUUAAAAAAAUUCAUCUUGAGGUUGCUUGAAAAUCAUUAGAUAAGCACGUCCACGACUGCGGGUAGAGCACACACAUGCAUUAUACAGACAUGAAUGGAUUUGGCACAAGAGACUGAGAGGUUUUGGUGUUUCUAAAUGAUCAAAAAACGCGGUCCGUCAUAUGACGAGUGCAUUUUACCGCACAACAUUAGCAUAUCAUCACCGCUGGGGGGGCGGGGAGUGAUUGAGUGGAAGAAGAGGAGAUGGUCGCUGGUCGUAACCAUGGCAGCACUUUUUUUUUUUUUUUUAAACAUCUCAUUAAUUGUGCAGCAUGCGAAACAGAGGAUGCUGCGCUUUUAGGGCCUGCUUUGUUCUACUGACGCUUGGAGGAGUUUCUUUUGUUUGAGCUUUGAUAGAUGAGCAAGGAUAGUGAGCAUCAUUGGCACAAAGUGUAAUGACAGUAACAUACACUGAAUUCAAAUCAGGUUGCUAUGCUGUUUGAACUAAAAUCCACAUCUCUUUUCAGAUUGAACAUCCAUCCAUUUUCUACACUUAUCCUCACUAGGGACGCGGGUGGGCUAGAGCCUCUACCAGCUAACUGCGGGCUGGAGGCAGGGUACACCCUGAACUGGUUGCCAGUCAAUCGCAGAGCACAUUUAAACAAACAACCAUUCACACUCACAUUCAUACCUAUGGACAAGUUAGAGUCUUCAAUUAACCUACCGUGCAAGUUUUUGGGUUGUGGGAGGAAACCGGAGAAUCCGGAGAAAACCCACACAGGCACGGGGAGAACAUGCAAACCCCACAUAGGCGAGGCCGGAUUCGAACCCGGGUCCCGGGAACCCUGUGAGGGAGAUGUGCUAACCAAUUGUCCACUGUGUCGCCCAGAUUUGACAUAUGCAGACAAUAUACAUUUCCUCUUAAACAUCUGUGUCAAUAUCCACAUGUAACAAUUGUUGCUAGGCAGAGUUUGUGUGGCAACAUUAGCCAGCAGGCCCUGCAACUAAUACUAAUAGGUGCAGCAACAUAAAAUAGAAUUGCUCAGAUUUUCCCCUGCUCUUGUCACAAGACAGUAUUGUUCCUUGUUGCUCGGCAGAACCCGGGGGACACGAUUAGCUCGACAUCAAGCCCAGCAACAGAAAAUUAGUAUGGUCACUUGUUGCUCGGAAUAAUUUGUUAGCACAAUUAGCUACAGUCCCCUCCCAAAAGUAUUGGAGCGGCAAAGUUAAUUCCUUUGUUUUUGUUGUAUACUGAAGACAUUUGGGUUUCAGAUUAAAAGAUGAAUAUGAGACAAAAGUUCAGAAUUCCAGCUUUUAUUUCAUGGUAUUUACGUCUAGAUGUGUUAAACAAAUCAGGACAGCACAUUUUGUUUGAACCCACCCACUUUUCAAGUGAGCAAAAAUAUUGGAACAUGUGACUGGUGGUUUUUUGUAGUUGCUCAGGUGUUGCCUUUUAGAUUGAUUACUUAAACAUUAGAUAGUGCUUGUUUUUGGCUUUGGGUUUCACUUGUGAAAACUGCAUUUGCUCUUAAGCAAACAUGAAGACCAGAGAGCUGACAAUGGGAGAAAAGCAAACCAUUUUGAAGCUGAGAGAAGAGGGAAAAUCGAUCAGAGCUAUUGUACAAACAUUGGGCAUAGCCAAUACAGCAAUUUGGAAUGUUCUGAAAAAGAAAGAAACUACUGGUGUACUGAGCAACAGACAUUGAACAGGUCGCCCAAGGGUAUCAACAGCAGAUGAUGACAGAAACAUUGUGAAAGCUGUAAAGAAACACCCAAAGGAAACAGUCGUGACAUCACUACCAACCUCACAGGGCAGGGGUGAAGGUAUCACAAUCCACUGUUCGAAUAAGACUUCGAGAGAAUAAAUAUACAGGUCAUACCAGAAGAUGCAAAUGACUCAUCAGAAAAAAGAAUCGGAAGGCCAGAUUGGAUUUUGCAAAGAAGUACCGAGAUGAGCCACAAAGGUUUUGGAACAAAGUUUAAUGGACUGAUGAGACCAAGAUGAACUUUUACCAAAGUGAUGGAAAGGCCAAAGUAUGGAGAAAGAAAGGAUCUGCUUAUGAUCCAAAACACACAAGCUCAUCUGUGAAGCAUGGUGGAGGUAAUGUCAUGGCUGCUUCUGGAGCGGGCUCACUAGUAUUUAUUGAUGAUGUAAUUCAUGAUGGUAGCAGCAGAAUGAGUUCUGAAGUCUACAAAACCAUUAUGUCUGGCAAUUUACUGAAAAAUGCAUCCAAACUAAUCGGGAGAAGCUUCAUCAUGCAACAAGACUGACCCAAAACACACUGCCAAAACAACGAACGACUUCAUCAGGGGGAAAAAAGGGGAAGGUCUUAGACUGGCCAAGUCAAUCACCGGAUCUUAACCCAAUAGAGCAUGAAUUUUACCUCCGGAAGAGGAGACUGAAGGGAGAAACCCCCAGAAACAAUCAAGAACUGAAAGAGGCUGCAGUCAAGGCUUGGAAAAGCAUUUCAAAUGAAGAAUUCAAUGGCUCGCAGGCUUGAUGCAGUUAUUGCAAGUAAGGGUUAUGCCACCAAAUAUUAAAUGUUAUUCACUUUAAGUUAAUUUAAUCAUCUCUGUUCCAAUACUUUUGUUCACUUGAAAAGUGGGUGGCUUAAAAAAAUGUGCUCUGUCCUGAGUUAUUUAACAAACGUAUAGGUAAAUGCCAUGAAAUAAACGCUGGAAUUCUGAACUUUUGUCUCACUGAAACCCAAAUGUCUUCAGUAUACAACAAAAACAAAGGAGUUGACCUUGCCGUGCUUUUGGAGGGGACUGUUACUAACUUGCUCAGAUUUUUUUGCCCAUGUUAUGGCACACAUUUGUAUUGGUCGCUUGUUCCUGGGCAGAGUUAGUGGGGGACCAUCAACCAGCAGACCCAGCAACACAGACAAUAAUUGGCCAAAAUUUGUAUUGGUGACAGGCAGGCUUUGUCCAUACCAUCAGCAAGGCCACUUUUUCCAGCGCAGCCUCACCCAUGCUGCCUCUAGUGGCCAGUGUCCUACAUGGAUUUGCUCAUGCAAAGUCAAAUGAUUGCUGUCCUCAACUAGAUCGCUCUUGAAAGGUGUGUAAAUAAGGCCACAAAUUAUAUAAUAAGCCACCUUAUUAUAUAAAUGUAAGAUUAUUUAUUAUUAUUUUAUUAUGCCACCUUUUGCUAGGCAGAAUGCACCCCCCCCCCCCAAAAAAGAUGAAAAGUAAUGGCUGUUACCCAGUCCCACUCCCCAUGCUGUUUUGUUGGCAACUUGAGGUAAAAGGUCAUGGUUGCCCCCACACAGCAGAGAAAGGACAGUGAGAGUAUGCACAAGACAGUCAGACACCUGCCAUGGAAGUUACUCCAAAAAAUACUUUCUUUAUGAGACAAGUUUAUUUAUAUGCAGACAUUUUUAACUGAUUAACUAUUGUUGUAUCAGAACGAAUGUAUCAAGCCUGUUUUGACAGCAGAACCAUCUACUGGCUCAGUUACAGAUCAUAAGAUGGUGAACGUAUAUGUCUACCUGUUCACAUUCACUUUAAUAAACUGUACAAGCAGGAUCUUUUUUUUUCCAGCUUUGCCAUGCUUAGAAAUUAGCCAUGAAUAAUUAAUGUUCUGUUACAUAGUAUAUACAGAUUGUAUGUAAACAAGAGUACCCAUUUAUAUAUAAUAACCAACAUGACUGUUAAGUAUCCUUAUAUAGUCUCUUAUAUUAGAUAAAUAUUAUUUUAUGUAGGUGGGAAAUUGCUGAAUGGUUUGCAGCAGAAGUCAGUCGUGCUGAUUUAUUUUCUCAACCAUGACUUUAUGAUAUAUUUUUUGUUUUGUUUUUUUUAAAGUGUGAAGGACCUUGAUGGGUAACCGGAACGGAAGAUGAAUGAAUGAAUGAAUGAAUGGACCUUGAUGGGUGAGAUUCCAAAAUAGUGUAAUUUAAUGGCAGCAUACCUUUCUGAUCUGGGCUGCAAAAUGUUAAUAUAUUUCCCUGUUCUAUUUAUGAGAACCUAAACUAUAAUAAUCUUAACAUCACUGGUGGGGCAUUUUGGAAAGUGUACUGUUUUUUUAACAAGAUUGGUUUAUUUUUAGUGGGUGUUUUUGUGAAAAACUAACACUGUACAAUAGCAGUGCUAAUAAAAUAUUUUUUGGGGGGGAAUUACAAUUAUUUACAGGCUAGUGUGUACUGAUUAAAUUUUCAGGAUAAUGCACUUUUUUAUACCUUGUAUCACAAGUGUAAUUUGUAACUUUUUAACGUGGGAACUGGUUGUAUGCUGUCCCAACAAAUGUAUGACCAUGUGUGUCAUGAAAUUGCCUAAAGUUUUUUUAAUGUUCAGUGUUUAAAUCAACAUUGCAUUUUGGCAGAUUGUGAUUCUUAAAAAAAAAAAAAAAAAAAAAAAAAAAAAUGUUGGGACUUUUCUCUUCUUGGCAUGUUUUGCUUAGUUUCCAAACCCUGCAUGCUGGGACAAAUGUAACAACAAAUGUAGUUUUCAGGAAAGGAACUCAAUUGCAUGUAUGUGAUAAUGAAAUUGACAUCGAUUGAGCCCAAAAAUUUACUGUAGUUCAAAAAUCGUUUCUGACCACUGCAUUGUGUUUCUGAGAAAUUAAGGACAACGGGACCUUGUAUUGUAUUCUUUUAUGGUGUGUAGUGUUGUCUGUGCCUUAUUGCUAUGACACCAUGACCAAGUGUGAGCAUGUUGGUGCAAUAACCUCUAAAUCCACCAGGCUGUUUUUGAUGAACACCUAUGUAGUUUAACAGAUUGGUUACUGUUACUAUUGUCCAUCCGUCUGUCACUGCACCAAGUAUAUUCCUAAAUAAGUGUAUUUGUCUAAGAUCCUCUUUUUACGUGUACUAAAAUAAAUAAAUAAAUGAGCACUUUUACUUUAAA